AUGGGCAACAGCCAGGGCAAAGAGUCGCAGCCACCCUCUCGAGGCGGCCACGUCCGUCGGUCGAGUGCCCAAGCCGCCGCCACCUCGCCGACAGGCCUCUCCGGGCCGAGCGGAUCGUCGCACGACAGAUCAGGCAGUGGUGUUGGGCUGUACAGUGCAAGGAGUGGCAGGGGAAGCAGGCAUGAUCUGUCCUUCCUCGGCAUUGGCGGGAGUAGUGGUACCGCCGAGCGCGACCCUGCUCUCGAGCCACGACGCGAGACAAAGGCUGAGCGCGAGGCCCGUAAGCUGGAGAAGGAGCGCGUAAUCAGGGCACAAGAGCGCGAGCGCAGUAUUAAGGAGGAGGGGGUCGAUGGUGCGUUCUUGGUCACACUCGGGACCUACACUGGACCUGAGGACUUCAGCAAACCAACAGUGCGACAGCUACAGAUCGAGCGGCGCCUGGCGCCCUUCUGGAAGGGCAUCGACGAUCACUCCGAUACUUGGACCGAACACCAGCUCGUGGCCAUAGCCAACGGCCUUCCACUGCCUGCUCCGGACGAUAUCCCACCAGAAGAGCCACCCCGGCCGAUCAACCACCUCAGCCCGCAAUGGAACCCUCGCUCUUCGGACUCUAAUAUCAACAACCUCACGGUUCCAAUGGGUGCUCGCUCCAUGUCACAGAAUUCUGAUCGUUCCGGUACCCUCUCGCCGGCCCACCCCGCCUUCUCUCUCCCUGCCCCGGUCUCCCCAAUCUCCCAGAGUACACAAAACGCAACUUCUUCGUCCCCGUUUUUCCGUGGACGGGCCAAAACACUGGCGUCUCUUGCCACUGGCUCGCGCAAUGCCUCCCAGACCGAUAUGGCACCUCAGGAACUGCAGCUACCGAAUGAUCCCUAUGUUAACGGACAGCGAGUAGAGGUUUUCUUAUAUAAGAAUGCUGCAGAAUGUCCCAUCUGCUUCCUGUACUAUCCGCCGUACCUGAACAAGACCAGGUGCUGCGACCAGCCCAUAUGCUCCGAGUGCUUUGUACAGAUCAAACGGCCUGAUCCUCAUCCGCCUGAGCAUCAUGGAGAAGAGCCUGCUCAGACCGAUGAGCCGCAAGAAGAGAUUCAGUUGGUAUCAGAACCUGCUGCCUGUCCGUUCUGCGUACAGCCAGAGUUUGGUGUUACAUACGAGCCGCCACCAUUCAGGCGAGGCUUGAUCUACGCACAUCAGAGUCAGAGUAUGCACAGUGCAACUUCAGCCAUGUCAUCUAGUACCUCAGUCAAUUCUUCGGGUCUCGCAUCUCCUGGAGGCCGAAGGAGAGCCACUUCGCUCGCAGUAAACGAUAAGACGGUUGUCACGACAGACAUGGUGCGCCCAGACUGGGCGAAGAAGCUCGCUGACGCGAAGUCGCAUGCUCUCCGAAGGGCUGCUGCCGCGACAGCCCUACACAACGCCGCUUACAUGAUGGGUAACAUCCAGCAACAGGAAGCCCGUGGAUUUAGUCUCGGGAGACGUAGACGGAACAUGUUCGGCACCGAUAGUGGUGCCAGUAGCGGGCAAGGCACGCCGCGAAGAGAAGGCGAAGGAACGUCAGGUCGCGGAGAAAAUGCAAACGACUUGUUCCCGGGGAGGCAAAGCUCGAGACGUACAGGGGGAGGAAACAGACUCGACGAUCUCGAAGAGCUCAUGAUGAUGGAAGCCAUUCGCCUCAGUCUGGCAGCAGAGGAGGAGCGGAAGAGGAGAGAUGAGAAAGACGCCGCCAAAGAAGCUAAGAAAGAAGGAAAGAAGAAGGCAAAGGAGAAUAAAAAGGUUGCGAAAGCACAACGCAACAUCGGCAGUGGCUUCCAUCCUGUCGACGUGGAUGGACUGGACGACACCACAGGUGGUUCGUCUGCAGCAGGCAAGGGCAAGGCUGUGGACCGAUCAGGCGGAUCUGUCGGCUUCAACCCGAUAAGUGAGCCAACAUCGACCAUUAACGCGCCAUCCUCGGAGUCUCUGAAGGAGGAUGCACGAAGGCACUUGGAGGAUAGCCGCGCACAGAUCCAAGGAAGCAACUCAGGCAAUCUGGCGCCGUCCGAUGCCCUGCAAGGAGACUCGCCUUCCCACCGAUCUAUAUUGCGGAACUUAUCCAACGACUCCUCCUCCGCUUCUUCGUACUCAGACUCCAUCCAGGAUACAGCACGUGACGAAGGUCACACUCAUCUUGCCCCAGGCUCCUCGUAUGAACCAAGUCCUAGCGCAUCGGGCCUCAAUAUUAGUCGCGACGAGACACCGCCUGGGGCAUUGUCCGGAACAGAGCCCAUGUUUAACUUCAGCGCCCUCCAAGAGACCCUCAGCCACGAGGAUGACAAGAUCGACAAUGGCCCCCAGUACAUCGAGAAUGUCGGCGAGUCAAAGCCCGUUCCUGAGCAAGAUCCGCGUGAUGGUGCAGGGUCGUCUUCGAGUCCAGCCCUUCAGCAUUCAGAUCCUUCGGAGCCUCUGGCUGAGAGUACGGUAACAUUAAAGGCGUCCGAAUACUCUAGCGCCUCCAAAACCGACGUAGAUGAUGAGAUCGAGCCCGCGCCACUGGUACAACCGGUGUCCGGGAGUCACUCGUACGAUCAAAAGCACAUUGGGGAAGUCGGGAUGCUAGACAACAACCGUCUCCAUCAACCCACUCAGUAA